UAUGUGCAUGCACAAGAGAGGGAAGUUAUUGAGUGCUCAGAGAUUAACCUGACCACUGAGAGAGCAGGAACAAGUGGGCAGAAACACAUCUAGAAAUCAGAUGUACAGAAGUGACGAAGGGAGAGCACUGUGACAGCGAUGCAGAGUGACCACGAAUAAACUGGCCAGAAAGUUGCGAUUGGGACACAAACUGUCGAAAUCAUUACAGCGACGCAGUGACAGAGAGCAACAAGCAACUUCCCAGUGAUCAGAGCUAGCAUCCCAGACUCGGGUGUACGGAAAUCUUUCAGCAGUGAGUACAAUGAAGUCAUGCAUUUUACAAGCUGUAGUGAUCUAUUUGUCAUCUCAUUUAUUUAGUGAAGCUGUGCAGGAUGAAAACGUAAGAGCAGGAUGCAGAACAGCAGUGAAUGAUUUGGUUUUCAUCAUGGAUGGAUCUUGGAGUGUGGGAUUUAACAACUUUGAAACAGCAAAAACAUGGCUUGUUAAUGUCACGAGUGGCUUUGAUAUUGGACCAGAAUACACUCAAGUAGCAGUUAUCCAGUACAGCGACACUCCACGUCUGGAGAUUUCGUUUGGCCAAUUCCUGACCAAUAAAGAACUAAUUGCUGGAAUAGAAAAUAUCCAAUACCUUGGUGGAAAUACUCAAACAGGUCGUGCUAUCAAGUUCGCAACAGAAAUUGUUUUUCCAUCUUCACAAAGAAAUAAGACAGCUAAAAACAAACUUGCUGUUGUUGUCACGGAUGGAAAGUCUCAGGAUGAUGUUGUUGAUGCUUCUGUUGAAGCACGUGCUGACAAAAUUAUCCUGUUUGCUGUCGGAGUCGGAUCGGAAAUAACAGAAUCAGAGCUUAAAAUGAUUGGCAACAAGCCGUCAACAACUUAUGUUAUAUUUGCUGACGAUUAUGGAACUAUAGACAGAAUUAAGGAAGCAAUGCAGCAGAAGAUAUGUGAAGAAUCGGUAUGUCCUACAAGAAUCCCUGUAGCUGCGCGUGAUGAGAAAGGUUUUGAAUUAAUUGUGGGCUUUAAAAUACCACAAAAAGCUCGGGAAAUAUCUGGAUCAUUGACGACAGAAGCAGGUUUCUUAUUGACAUCUCAAACAGACAUAACGGAGAACACUAGAGACAUAUUUCCAGAAGGCUUGCCUCCUUCUUAUGUAUUUGUUGCUACACUACGUUUGCAAAGUCCAGCUAACAAACAGAGAUUUGACUUAUGGCGAAUCUUAUCUAAAGAAGGAAUUAUACAAGCAGCUGUCACAGUUGAUGGUGAACAACAGGCUGUGUUCUUUACCACUACAAGUCUGGUCAAUGAAAUCCAGACAGUGACUUUUAAAGAUGGUAAACUACAGGAAUUGUUUGAUGAAGACUGGCAUCAGUUAAAGUUACUGGUAUUAGAAGUGGAGGUCACCUGUUUUUUGGAUGACGUAAAGAUUCAGAGCAGAAACCUUGAGCAAGUCAUUCCUAUAUUUAUAAAUGGGAAAACCCAGGUGGCCAAACAUGUGAAAAGAGAGACGUCUAUACCUUUAGAAAUACAGAAGCUUCGACUCUACUGUGAUCCACAGCAAAGUGAUCGGGAAACUGCCUGUGAAAUCCCUUCAGUGGUGAGUAAUUUGGAUAAUUAGACAAAACCCACAAAGGACCACAGGAGAGAAAACCGUAUACAGUAUAUGCUUUAUAUGGCUUGAGGGACACAAGUCUGCAAGCAUGGGGCAAGUCGAGGAGACAGACCUCCACGAAUCAAGUCUGGGACUGAACUAAUACUUUUGCCAUCAUUCUUCAUCAUAUUGUAGCUAUCUGGUCAACUGAGCUAAUCAAACCCCUGCUGUGGUGAACAAAA